CCACGGCGAGCCGAUGGUCCUUCAUCUCGUCCCGCAAAAAAGAACGAGAAGGAAAGGAGAAAGUGCCAGCAAGACUAGGGUCUGGGACUAGGCUGUGACAAGGUUUCGUCCUCGUUCGUCGGUUUCGCUCGUUUCGUCACUUUGGAGCACUCUGAUGUGUUCGUAUCAAAAACCAAAAACCUUUCCCGUCGGUGGUCUAUAUAGGACGGGUCCCCUCUCCAUCUGGAUCCUACUUUUCCUCCCUCUUUUCUCCAUCAUCAACAAGCAAUUAACGACAGACCAAGACUCUCCUCUCCUCAAAACAAAUCUUUGCAAUUAUAUCCCUUCAGCAACAGCUAGUCUGGCUGAUCUUCUUUGCUUUCAUACCAAUACUCCUAUUACACCACACUUAUAACAAAUUCACCACCACAACCACCACCAUGCCUGCCUCAGUUCACUCCAACGAGCCAGUCGACGAGAUUGUCGUCACCAAGGUUGUCGAGGGCUUCGCUGCUCCUGUCCAGGAACCAGUUGCUGCCCCAGCUGUUGACGCCCCUGCUGCUGUCGUUGACGGCCCAGUCGAGGCUGUCAAGGAUGUCACCAUUGUCGAGACCGCCCCCAUUGUCGAGGCUGCCCCAGCCACUGUCCAAGAGGUUAACGAUGUUGCUGCUGAGCCGGCCUCAGCUCCCGUCGUUACCGCUGACGAGAUCUUCGAGAAGCCAGCUGCCCCUGCUCCCGUAGAAGAUGCUAAGGAGAAGGAACUCGAAUCCGGAUACGCCAGCGGCUCUGGGUCUGCUGCUGCCAACGAAGAGCCCAUCCCAGAGCUUAUUUUCACCAAGCAACAUCUUCAAUUCCUCAACCAGCGUCUUCAGUUCCUCGAGCCACAGGAGAUCCUCAAGUGGUGUGUUACCUCUCUGCCCGGCCUUUUCCAGUCGACCUCCUUCGGUCUGACCGGACUCGUUAUCCUGGAUAUGCUCUCCAAGCUUGAUAUCCCCCGCCACCAGCAGGUAGAUCUCAUCUUCUUCGACACCCUGCACCAUUUCCAGGAGACCAUUGAUCUCCGUGACGGAAUCCAAAAGGACUACCCCCAUCUCACCCUUCACGUCUACAAGCCUCAGGGCUGCAACACCGCUGCCGAGUUUGCCGCUAAGCACGGCGAGAAGCUGUGGGAGACCAACGACGAGCUCUACGACUGGCUGGCCAAGGUCGAGCCCGCUCAGCGUGCCUACCGCGAGCUUGGUGUCACUGCUAUGCUUACCGGCCGCCGCCGCAGCCAGGGCGCUAAGCGCGGCAACAUGGACAUCAUCGAGGUCGACGAGGCCGGUCUCAUCAAGAUCAACCCUCUCGCCAACUGGAACUUCGACCAGGUCAAGGAGUACGUCAACCGCCGCAACCUUCGAUACAACGCCCUUCUCGACCGGGGCUACAAGUCCGUCGGCGACUGGCACUCCACCCAGCCCGUUGCUCAGGGUGAAGACGAGCGUUCCGGCCGAUGGAAGGGCCAGGCCAAGACCGAGUGCGGCAUCCACAACCCCCGAUCCAAGUACGCCCAGUUCCUCAUGGAACAGGAGCGAAAGAAGCAGGAAGAGGUCGCCAACGAGGCCCUCAAAAUCACCGUCUAAACUUGGUCUUCUCUCGCCCGUCCCUUUUUUCCUUUUAACGCAUUCUAUUUCUUGCAUAUUAUUCUUCUUCAUGUCCAUAUUCCCCCAAUUCGUCUUAUUUCCUUUCUACGAUACACUGAGUUCCCGGCGUUUAAGAUUUCUAUGAUUUUGUUUCAUUUUUUUCCCUUUCGGUGUCUGCUCGCUUUCCUUCGCCUGUCUGGAAUUGGCGAUUUUAUACAUAUUAUCUAUUACUUAUAUAUACUUAGAAUGUUCCUUAAUCCUCCAAUGGAAAAGCAUUUCAAAAAUACUUCCUUUGUGUCUUCUCAAUAAUAAUAACACCCGUCGCUUGAGCUCAUCGACUCGCUUGUUUCUGCUUGCGGCUGAUGCUGGCGAGUGCGGUGACACCAGCAACGUCUGCGGAUGAUCGAUCAAGCAUUCGUUGUAGUACAGAUCAGCGCCAUAUCCAUGAAAGUACUGCCUACACAGACUCGCUCGAAUUACUUGCCUGCUGGUUGAGCUGAGCAGGAUUGAUAUCCAUGUUCCCUGUACUUGGAUGUCCCCUGUGGCAUCCCUGCCGCCUCCUACAUAUAACAUUCCACCCUUCGUUCCUCCACCAUGCAAUUAUCCCACACGUCAGGCAGCAGGCAAUCAGACGGCGAAAUGAAAUAUGAUAUGAGAUGUUCCAGAUGUCAGACUGCUCAUUUCCAGAAGUAAUAAUUGCUCUAUUAUAAGCGGUAUCUGGCUGAUGUGUGUACAAACUGACGUCUGCUUAGGCCGCUAACUAUCGUAUGGAGCGCGUUCCGUAUAGCCAGAAUCAGUCCGAGUCACAAUUUCGCCGACCUGCGCCAUGAAAGGCCUCUGCAGCCUUCGUUUCUUUCCAGACUCCUACGA